ACAGCCCAGCUUUGUGUCUUGACUAUGUUCUUCCCUGAACACCGUUGUGCCAAAGUUCAGAACUCACAACUCGGGACAAAAGGAGAAAGAAGACACUGAACUGCGCGCUGUGGGACAGUUUCAUCUUACAGAUUUAUUGGGACAAUGAAACAAGUGAGGACAAGUGUUUGAGACCGAACUGAAGCCCUUCGGUCUGGAAUGUGGGAAUAAAAGUUCUGUAGUCAGAGCCAGUUUUUGUUGAAGUAGAGCAUCAUGGUGAAGCGGAAGGCUAAGAAGGAGGUCCAGCGAAGGAUCGUGUCUAAGGACGGUCACAACAAUGUUCUGAUCGACAACGUGGAAGGAAUGGUCAAGCUCUACCUUCAUGACAUCUGGACCACCGUGGUGGACAUGAAGUGGCGUUACAAGCUCACUCUGUUUGCCUCCACCUUCGUCAUGACCUGGUUUAUCUUUGGGAUCUUCUUCUACUUCAUCGGCAUGGGGAAUGGAGACUUUGACACUGGAGCCAAUUCGACCCACAUAUCCUGUGUGACGAAUGUGGAGAGCCUCACGGGGGCCUUCCUGUUCUCUCUGGAGUCACAGACCACCAUCGGCUAUGGAUUCCGCUACAUCUCCGAAGAGUGUCCUCUAGCGAUCUUCACGUUGGUGGCUCAGCUCGUCAUCACCGGCUUGGCGGAGAUCUUCGUCACCGGUGCCUUUCUGGCCAAACUGGCCCGACCCAAGAAGCGAGCAGAAACGAUAAAGUUCAGCCAGGAGGCGGUGAUUUGCCGGCACCAAGGCAAGCUGUGCCUGAUGAUAAGAGUGGCCAACAUGAGGAAAAGUCUGCUGAUCCAGUGCCAGCUGACAGGAAAGCUGUUUCAGUCCAAUGUUACAGAGGAAGGAGAGCAGACUCAGAUCCACCAGAGCUCUGUAGACUUCUACAUGGACUCCAGCGGUGACUGUCCUUUCCUGAUCCUACCGCUCACCUUCUACCAUGUCAUCGAUGAGAAGAGCCCAUUGGCCGGACUGACUGCAGAGUCCCUGCUCAAUCGAAACUUUGAGCUGCUCAUAACGCUCAAUGCCACCAUGGAGUCGACCGCGGCGACGUGUCAGAGCCGCACCUCCUACAUCCCUCAGGAGAUCCGGUGGGGCUAUGAGUUCAAGCCAGUGCUAUUCAGCUCCCCCAACUGCCGCUAUGUUGUCGAUUUUAACUUUUUUGACAAAGUACAAGCGACCAAUGAUCCUACCCUCCUUGGCAACAACACAGAAAAGCUAUAACUAGUUCAGGGCUGAGAAGAAAUUGUGGAAAAUUAGUAUUACAGUAAUGUGAUCUUACAUGGAAAAUUUAUCUCAGUGUUUACUGACCAUUAACGAGUUGUGCCAGGCAUUGGUUUGCUGGUCUUUUCACCCUUUGCCAUUUCAUACCCAACUUUUGGGGGCAUCAAAUGGUACCUGGGAAUGUUUUGUGCUAACCAUGUGGCCAUUAGAACCAACCAGGAGGAAGGUUUUCACCAAUGGAAUAUUUAAAGUAACUUUCCAUGUCUUACUCAUAGUCUUGUGUAAAAAAAAAAAAAAAAAUCUUUAUAUGACUUCAUUAUAAAUAACUACCAAUAAGAAGUAACUUAUUUUUGGUUUGAUUGGGGGUCCUAAUUUGUCAUAUUUUAGAGCUGUUAGCUUGCCCAAAUGGGCAGAGCCAUAAUAAAGAGAAACAGAUAAUAUAUAAUAGAAUUACUUGUCACAUUUGUGCAUUUUUAUGACUUAUCUUAAUAAUUCGUAAACACUUUAUAAGAUAAGAAAUAAACUGAUAGCCGAUGGUUUGAGUGGAUGCAUAUAAAAUGGUUUGUUUACAGGUACAAAAUGGAAGUAAAGGACAAAAUGAGAACUGGUACAAAACGGAGGUAUGAAUUGGCUGAGAGAGUUCUAGUAACUCACCUAUCACCAAUAUCCCGAUUCAAAGGUCUUGUUGUUUAUCAUGUAAAAACUCUGUGAUUUGGCUUUUUUUUUUUUUUUACAAUAAACCAAAUAUUUUAGCUGACUAAAAAUUUGAAAUAAAAAUUCAGCUCAGUUACUGAAAUUGUGCAGUAAGCAGCGAGAACAAAACCUGGUUAUUCUUUCCCAUAUGCUAAGAUUGACGUUUCCCGCCAAAGAAAUCUCUGUUGGACACGAUUGGUCAGCAGCACAGGCCCCGCCCACCAGGUUGUUUUUCUUUAUGAGUGAGUGUCCUGAAGGUUUUAUAUUUUUGUUUUAACAAAGUCUUGAGAUGCACCUAAAUUGUUUUUCAAGUAAUAUUUAGCGCAGAGAAGUAAUUAAAAGAAAGUUUAGCUCAUGAUUUUGAUUCAGAUAAUUAUGAUCGUUUUAGAAGAAUCUUCUGCAUUUGAAGGUUAUAAUCCUAUAUGAUUUUAAAACAUGUUAUAUGGAUCUUUAGUGUUUUUUUAAUUAAUGUAAAUGCAGUUGUAGACAAUUUUUAAACUUAGAAUUUAAGUCAGAUUUCUUUAUGAUUACAUAUUUUUCCUUAAACUGUGUAGCUGUUUGCUGAAGUCAUGCAAUUUUCUUUCUUCAUCUGCAGCCCUUCUUGGUGUGUUCAAGUUGUACUUGACUGUCAGAAUUUCCUUUUUCCCCAAGUAGGAAAAUCAAAGAAUAAACCCUGGGAAUUGUUUUUAUUCCAAAUUCAAAUUCAA